AUGAGAAGGUCUAGCUUGUACGUCAAUAACUCACGAGAAUGGAGCUGCCCACUUGUUUGUUUCAAUGUAUUAUCAUUUUUGUAUGGACUAAGAUUUCAGAACAAAAUGAGUGUAUUUCCUGGCUUUGGUACGUGGGUCAGUCAGAACAUUCAACAACCUCUUAAGAGACAUGAGAAUGUCAAAUCUAAUUCAGAUACUAAUAAUCUGGAACCAUGGUAUGAGGAUCCUGAUGAGGACCCUAAGUCGAAGGCUGAGUCCAAGAAAUAUGGGGAUGUUAAAUCUAGGACAUUGUAUGCGGUAGAUCCUAAAUAUUUUGACUUAGCUGAGCUGAAGAGACAAGCAAGAGUUUGGACAAAUGCAAAGAAGAAGCAUCCAUGGCAUGAUUCUCCUGCUAAAGUGAAGGUGAAAACAAAAAAUGGUCUUUGCCAAUGGAACAUAGAAUUCACAUUGGGAUUAUAUCCUCAAGGAGCCUAUGAGAUGCUCACUAAUCCAAGAAACAUAGCAUUCUUCAGUCCAUCCAACGACGAUUCCUCUCGUCAUCGUUUGGAAAACAAAUCAACAAAAGUUUUGAAGAAAGAUGGACCGAGGCAGGUCACAAAGGUGGAGAAAGCUUUGAGAUGGAAGCUCCUUAGUUGGUCAGGAUCUAUCCCGAUACAUCUAAUCAUCGACGAAAACCAUAAAACUCUUACGGCAAAAUAUAAGAAAGAGAAAAUGAUGUACAUGAAAGUGUUGGAAGGUAGCUGGAAAGUGGAGCCAUUAUACAUAGAUUCAAAACGCUUGUGCAAUCACAUUGAGCUCAAGAAUUCACAAGAGUACAAAAAAUGUAGCGGAGGACAAGGAAGGAUUGCAUCCAAGGUGACAAUGGAAGAGAUCUUUGAGCCUUCUUCUCCUUUUAAUAUCCCACCGUUUUCUUGGAUCAUCCGUGGGAUCACCAUUAAAACCACCAAGAUUUUGCUCGAAGAUCUUAGAAAAUUUGUUACUGAAGACAACAACAAUAGUCAAUAGUUGAAGCCCCCCAAAUUCGGUAUGGACUGGUUGUGUACAUAUAUAUGGUUCACUUUUAUUAUACAUGAAAACCGAAUAAGGGAAAAAUAAAAAUGAACGAAACAAAACAAAAUAAUAUAUAGACAAAGUUCACAGAUGAGAAUUGAGUAACCUAUGAGAGAUCGAUGCUUUCACGCUUUGAAAAAAAAAUGAAAUUGUUUUAGUGAG